AAAAGAAUGAUAGAUUAUCGAAAAACAAAAGAUAAGUGGAGAUUUAUUUGCAUUAAACUGAAAUUUUAUGUCAUUUUUAAAGCGUAUAAAGUUCCUACUAUUUAUUUUAUCUUAAGCAAGGGUUUAAAGUUGCAAAGUUGCUGAGAAGCUUUUUUGUUUACAACUUUUUCUUUUCCCUAAAAAUUAGCUUUUUGUGUUAAGAACUCUUAUGUUGACUUAGUCGAAAGAUAGUAAACAUUCAGGAAAUUUUGGCUAAAAUUCAAAAUAUUAGCAACGUGCAAAAUAAUAGUGCGCAUUUAUGCAUUGCCCAUGCUAAAUUUAAAAUUGAGUAAAUGUAAUGCAAUAAAUUCAAGUACUUUGUAAAUUUAUUAUGUAUGAAUAACAUAUAUUAAGAAUUAAUGUUAUUGCAAAGGAAAAUGUGUUAUUACAAAGGAAAAUGUGUUAUUGCUAUGGUGGUAGAGGCUAAUGAAGUGUAAGCGAAAAAGUAGUAAAUAGUUAAGCUAGCCAGUAAACGCUAUGUUAAAUUUUAAAUUUAGUUUAUGAGUAGAAAAUUAGUCAUAGAUGUUGAAAUAGACUGUCACUUAAAUCUGUUAUAUAUAAGAAACUAACCCUAUAAAUAUUGGGUAAGAGAUAGAAGUUGUUUCAAUAUAACUAACGACGCACAACUGAGCACCAACCCACGAAAAUAGGAAAGCGAAAUAAAUUAAAGGGGUGUGGAAAGUAAAUUAUAAAUGUUAAUCGCGUGUUUACAUACUUGUGGCAUCCAAAGUACCUUGCGCUAAAAUAUUUUUCUUCCCAGAGUUUGGAAGGGAGUGAAAGCCAAGAGAAAAUCUCUCAGGUGGAAAAUGUACUGAGAAUUCCAGUAACGUCAUAAUUAGCUUAAUUUAAAUUUUUGUAAAAAUGGUGCCUCAGUAUUUAGUUUUAGAAUUAAAUAUUCUUCACUAAGGUCAUUAAAGGGAUUGUUUUCCACCAAUGUCAUUUGUUUUAGAACAAUUUAACUUCUGGUGAAUUCUGGUAUUUUUGAAUAGUUUGAAUUUUGACACUGUCUGCUUUCUAUGUUAAUGAAACCAUUAUCCUUUUAUCUGAACAACACCAUAACUUUUCAUUCACUCUCGGUUGGGUGUAAAUGAGGUAGGAUAUUUAAGACAGAAUUCUUAAAAUUUAGAUAUAGAGUUUUUGACAGUUGCAGGUACAAGAGAGGCUAGCUUCUCUGUACAAUGGUGAUUGAGGUAUUACUGAUACUCGCUAACUGUGAAGUCUCGGACCUAAUUUUACUGUAGGGUGCAGUGCAAGGGUCUCUCACCCCUCUUCCCCUAUUACCGACUUCUCGAGAAGACUUUCGUGCUCGCUGCACAUUUUGAGCGCCCCUUACCGAACAGGCACUACACGUUUACAAUCAUUCAUGCUUCUUUCUUCGGAAUUCGAAUGCCAGCACAUUGGUAAGGCAGUCAGCGUCACCGAAUACUGUACGAGCUGAGUGGAUACAGAGAUUUUGACAGAUACAUGUAGAGGUAGAAGGUAGGUCAGCAUUCUCCCUAGUACCAUAGAUGACUGAGGUAUUGCUGAACUUAGCUAACUGUUAAGAUUCCGCCCCAAUUUUGAGGAAGGACAACCUCAGGAGCGAUCCGAGGGUAUCCCAUCUCUCUUCCCCUACCAAGAACCUAGAGAGGACUUUCGGCUCGCGUGUAUUCCGAGUGCCUCCAAUCCUGCAAAGACAUUAUGCGCCUACAAACAUCUAUGCCUUCUCCGGGAUUUGAUCCCAGGCUCACCGGCAUGGCAGUCAGUGUCACUAACCACUGUACCGGCUGGGCGGCACCCAAGAGUCUUUCCAAUUCAAUUUGCUUCUUAUUAUUCACAUUACUUAUUGUUAGUUACUGUUUGUGCUCUGUUAUAACCAUUUGCUUGCAUUCGUUCGAUGAACAUCCUCUGGAUGGCACAGUUACUCUAUUUGGCAAUGCCCUCUACCAAUAAUUUACAGUUGCUUCACUCUCUUGCGCAUAUUUUCUCUUGGUAGUUUUGUUUCAAUUAAAAACCAUUUAAAAGGCAGUGGGUUUGUGAUUGGGCAUCUCACGUGAUUUUCUUCUGUAAGGUCGCAAUUAAAUAUAUAAUGGUCGAGGUCACUCCUUUUCUCGCAUAGGCAAGAAUCUGUUCUUGAGAUGUUUUUCGAGAAAUUAUGUCGGAGAGGUGCAGUCAGUACGCCGUCAUAUAGUAGUUCAGAAACGAGUUUCUAUGUGGUUCUUCUGUGUUGAUCUUUGGGAUUAAGUAAUGUUUUCUUCUCCCUUGAUUGGCACCGUCCUAUUCCUUUUGCCAUAAAGCUUGUUCGUUUUUUCUAAUUUAUAUUUUAAUGCAGAUUUCGGCAAGGAAACUUUGAUUGUUUCACUAUUUGUGUUUUUGAUAGCUUCCUUUGUCAGGGAAUCUGUUUGCUCGUUCCCCAGAAUUACAAAGUUGGCUCUGGCCCUUUCUAAUUGGAUAAGGGUGUUGGGAUGGAGCUUGUGGUAUAUUGAGGAUAUCUUAGAUUAUUGUGUUUCUACUGCUAUUAUUUUUUCCGCUUCUAGAGCUGAUUGAUUGCCCGAUUUGAUAACAAUUUCUUUUCAGAAUUUGGCAGCGAGAUAGACCGUAGUGCGAUACUCUCGCCCAGCUCUGUCACUUAAUUAUUCGAUGUUAGCCAUUUUGUUAGCCCAAGUCCAUCGCGCACUUCGUAAAUUUGAGCAGGCUCUUGUUAGGCUGUUUGAAUUUUAGUCUCCAUUUUUUAAUUUAUUUAAAUUUUAAUUUCAUAUUUCAAUUAACUGAUACUUACAGAAGUAAGCUGCGAAGAUUUAAAUUGUAAGCAUAAGUUGUGCAUUUAUUUAGUUGUUUCAAAUAAAACGACUGUUUUCACCUUCUUAAUAUUAAAUGUUAUUUACGCUGAUGGAGCCAUAACUCGUCUGGCUGUCUUAUAGAAAUAAGAAUUUAAGGCAAUUACAGACUUCUCUCUGUUCUUGCAUCCUCUGAAACAGGCAUAGAACACUUUUCCUAAAUCUCAUAAAAUAAUAAAAAUUUACGAUUAAGAAUUUCCUUAUUUAUACAUAGAAGUGUACCGUAAAUUAAAUAAAAAUGUAAACUGCUAGAAUAAUAUUGAAGAAUUUGUUAUUUCCGAGAUAGUUGGUUUACAUGAUUUACUCAUUUAUUAAACUUUAGAAGCAGAAAGACAUUGAAUAUUUUAUAUUUUUCAGAAAAUUAAUCAUAAAAACGAUUAAAAUUAAACAUAUUAUUCAGUCAUAACUUGAUUAUUCAAUUGAUUACAGCAUGGGUGUCAAACUGGCGGCCUGCUGAACGCAUACGGCCCCCCCCAAGCAGUUUUAUGUCUCCUGAAAUUAGAAGUAUUGAUUUUGCUGAGAUUGCCGCUAACUGCGAAAUUCCAUAAACGUUACUGCUUAGUAAGAAAAAGCUGAUGCUUAAUAGUAAUCAUACGAUAAAAUAUCUGAAAUAGGAAAUUUUCAGUAGCUAUAAUUAGUUUUUAUCUUAUAAUUAUGUAUUUUAUGUUCUUGUUGCUAACAAUGUACAUUUUCAUUUUGCAGGGUACCGUCCCAGGUUCAGUUAAAUCUUCAGAAAUGAGUGCUAACACAAUUAAAAAUUCUACUGAAGUGAUAGUACAAGAGGAUGAAGAAGAUUAUGAGACAAUCAUUUACCAUGGCCGAAGCAUCACGGAUGAAUCAAAUUCGACUUACACUUCUCCGAAAAAUACGAAAGCUCUUUGUAAUGGCACUAACGAAUCAGAUUCAAUUAGUUGUACUCCAGCACAAGCAUCAGCCCAUGACCUGGAAUCUCCAGAUUUCGUCCGCAAAAAUUUCAUUAUUUCUUCUUCUAUGUGUUCCAGAUCCAGUCUUUCUUCAUCUGGCACGAGUAGUAGAUUUGACUUACCAACAGUUCAGUUAGAACGUACGCCAAAGCAAACAGCUGUGAAAUUGCCUUUUGGCUUUCCCCAAAUGGCCACCAAAGAAGGUUGUAAACAAAAGCAAUUCCAAGAAAAUGUAUCUUAUCUGCAGGAGAGGGUAGAAAUAAUCAACGAUAUUAAGAAAGACAUAGAAGAAACUGCUUGGGAGAAUUGGCCAAAGAAAUAUAUAGAAGAAAGUGGUUUUAGCCUCGGUGUUCAGCCAGGAAAUUUUUACAAGAGCAGCAGGGGUCCAUAUUUCUACGUGACUAUGCCGCAUCGUUCCAGUUACGAAAUUUUGGUAACUAAUAAUAAGCAAAUACCUUGUAAUGUGGAUGUAUAUGUAGAUGGCAAGCUAGUUGCAGCCUUGCGUCUGCCAGCAGGCGUCUCUAACACCAUUGAUGGGCCCAUGUAUUCUGAAUUUGCUUUCAAACUUUUUCGCUCCAGAGAUGCACCUCCACAUUUAGGAAUAGUGGAAGGAAAUCACGAGAAUGGAAUUAUAAAAGCUAUUUUCACGCCGCAAAAAGUCGAAGCCUUCGAGGAAAGAUCAGUUUCUAGGCCUUUAAGUUUCUCGAUUCCUUUUCAAGACAAGUCUAACUGUUUAAGGAUAGGUUCAUGGACAUAUCAUGACGCGAAAAAUGAGGGCACCAUAACAGCUUCCAGUAGCGAUACUGAAUCUUGCGAAUCAUCAGAAUCUGAAAGCGAUUCAGAUCCAAGUUGUGACGACACAGAUGCUAAAGACUGCUGUCAAAUAAAUGUGCAAGAUACUCCACCAGCUCCUUCAAGAUUUCCUUUCCAUGGAAAUGAAGGCUCAUGGAAAUCCGUUAACUACAGCUUGGAGGGACUGCAAAGAAAAAGAAAAACCUACGGCGAAAUUAAAGCACACAGUUGGUCUGAGCAAAAUAUGAACGAAGUCGUAGAAGGAGUAACUGUUUUACAAGGCAUCAAGAAAAAACAGCUUUAUUUACCUGCACCUCAAAUGGAAACAGACGUUAGCAAGCAAGUUAUCCUCAUACUCAGACUUGUUGCCAGUAAUAAGGAAGAAAUUGAAGCUUCUAAUGAGAAAGUAUCAAGUCUUGAACCACCUCCUGUACCUUCAAGGCGUUAAGAAUUGUAAUUUGCACUGUGAUUUGAAAACGUAAAUAUCAGAUAUAAAGAUAACGUUUCUCUGAAAGGCAUGCUCAACAAUUUAAAAAAUUUGUUUAACUUUAUUGUUUCUUUGUGUGCUAUUGCCGCUUUAUAUACGUGUGCAAGUUUUCUUAGCUAAUCAAAGGUGAGUCACUCCUAUAAUGCUCAGAAGCUUCACAAAAUCAGCUGAAGAAAAAAUAAUAAGCGUUAUGUAUUGCAUGCUUCCAAUGAAUGUUUUUGAAUGAAAUAUGUUACAAUAUAUAUGUUACAAUAAAAAAUAUUUUUUUA